AUGCUUACCUAUCUAAGAAACCCCAUAACUCAAGGAUGCGAAUGGUCUUUAUGGCCGGACGCCAAAUUCUUUUACCACUACAAAAUCUAUCGACCCCUAAGCUUUUACGUGGAUUGGCCUUGGACAGCUAGGGAGAAAUAUCCGCAGUACUGGCCGUCAAAUAGAUCGUACCGGUACUAUUUGGACGAUUUCCCAUCGGAAGCCGCUUUCAGGGAAAUCAGGCUGAAAAAUGAUCUCUAUUUCGAUCGAUAA